GUUCCUUUAAACGCUCGUCUCUCUCUUUGUAGUUCUGUUUUCCGUUUUGGAACUUUUCUCUAGUUGUGAUUGGGUGGGAGAGCUGCUCGUCCCAUCUCAUCUCAAUCCCUCUCUCUGCGUCUCUGCAUUUCUUCCCACCUGUCUUCUUCCUAGAGAGAGAACAAGUAGCUAGUAUAUCGGACAAAAAAAAUCAUAUCUUUUGUAGAGGAGAUCACCAUCAUCAUCGAUUUGAAGAGUGUAAUUCAUCGGCAACCUCUAAUGACGGGCAGUAAUGAAGUAAAUGUCAAUGAAUCACAGAGAGUGGUUCCCCUGAAUACAUGGAUCUUGAUAUCCAAUUUCAAGCUCGCCUACAACUUGCUCCGGCGAUCGGACGGCACAUUCAACCGCGACCUGAGCGAAUUCCUCGACCGCAAGGUUCCGGCCAACGCCGUCCCCGUCGACGGCGUCUGCUCCUUCGACGUCCUUGACCGCGCCACCAGCCUCCUCAACCGCGUCUACCUCGCCGCCGCCGACGGAGACGCCCCCUGGCGGGUCCCCGACCUCGACAGGCCUCUCAGCGCCACCGCCGCCGUGCCGGUGAUCGUCUUCUUCCACGGCGGCAGCUUCGUCCACUCCUCCGCCAACAGCGCCAUCUACGACACGCUCUGCCGCCGCCUCGUGCGGGCGUGCGGCGCCGCCGUCGUGUCCGUCGACUACCGCCGCUCGCCGGAGCACCGCUGCCCGUGCGCCUACGACGACGGCUGGGCGGCCCUCAAGUGGGCCCACUCGCGGCCGUGGCUCCGGAGCGGGGCCGGGGCCGCGGCCCGGGCCCACGUGUACCUGGCCGGGGACAGCUCGGGCGGGAACAUCGCCCACCACGUGGCCGUCCGCGCGGCCGAGGAGGGCGUGGAGGUGCUCGGGAACAUCCUCCUCCACCCGCUCUUCGGGGGGCAGGAGCGGACGGAGUCCGAGACGCGGCUGGACGGGAAGUACUUUGUCCGGAUUCAGGACCGGGAUUGGUACUGGCGGGCGUAUUUGCCCGAGGGCGAGGAUCGGGAUCACCCGGCGUGCAACGUGUUCGGGAGGCGCAGCCGGAGCAUCGAGGGGCUGCGCUUCCCGAAGAGCCUCGUGGUGGUGGCCGGGCUCGAUCUCCUCCAAGAUUGGCAACUAGGGUACGUCCAUGGAUUGGAGGGAUCAGGGCAUGAGGUGAAAUUGCUCUAUCUUGAAAAGGCCACCAUUGGAUUCUACUUCUUGCCAAACAACAAUCAUUUCCAUUGUUUAAUGGAGGAGAUCAACGCCUUUCUCCACUCCUAAUUAUUGUUAAUAGUUUUAUCGUAUGAAUUUCAAGUCACCAUCCCCCCUUCUUUUGGUGGAUAUACAUAACCUUUGGUUGCCAACGUUCAAAGUCAUGAGAUCGUCACUCUAUUCAACAAAUCGGUCUAGCGAGCCACGGUAGUUUAUAGGUGGGGAGAGGCUAAUUCGGCAACAUGGAUUAGGGAAAUCCAUGGUGCUAUGAUUUUGUGUACUAGUCCUUUUUUUUUUGGUUUCCACUUUGUAUGUUAGUACUUUGUAAAUACUACUACUAGUAAUUUAGAAGGGCAUGUUUUAUGGUA